CUAGCUUGACCUUCUUCGCCACAGUCGGAUAGAUCCACUCCGCGAACUCGUUCGAGAGCCAAGCAGUCCCGCGCAGUCACAUCAUGGCCCGGACAAAGCCGAAGCCUCGAGGGGGCAACGUCGUCAAGGCUGAGCCGCAGGUUAAGAUAGAGCCAGCCAUCGUCCAGGCCGCGGCGCCGGCUGAUGACCAUGCAUUUCCAGCGGACGCUGCGCUUUCGCCAGAGGACCAAGCCAAGGAAGACGAGUUUGUCAAGAACAAGUGGCAACUGCUCCCGUACUUUCUGCAAUUGCGAGGCCUCGUCAAGCAGCACAUCGAUUCUUUCGACUACUUCACGGAAGUGGAUAUGAAGAAGAUUGUGCGCGCGCAAGCCAACUGCACGAUCCGCAGCGACCACGACCCCAAGUUCUUUUUGACGUACACAGACAUCAACAUUGGCACUCCAUCCAUCGACGAAGACGCGUACGUGACGACUGCCGUGACGCCGAACCAGUGCCGGUUGCGCGAUCGAACGUACUCGGCGCCCAUUUACGUGUCGGUCAAGUACCGGUUGGGGCCCAAGGUCGUGACCAAGAACAAGGUGCUUAUCGGACGCAUCCCCAUCAUGCUGCGCAGCGCCAAGUGCGUGCUUCGGGAAAAGGACGAAGCGGCGCUCGCGGCGCUCAAGGAGUGCCCGUACGACCCCGGUGGAUACUUUGUGGUCAAGGGCUCCGAAAAGGUGGUGCUAAUCCACGAGCAACUGUCUAAGAAUCGCGUAAUCCUGGAAGAAGACCCCAAGAAGAACGUGUGCGCGUCCAUCACGUCCUCCACGCAUGAGCGCAAGUCGCGCACCAACAUCUUCUUGAACAAGGGGCGCGUGUACCUAAAGUCCAACUCGUUCCUGGACGACCUCCCAAUUGUGGUGGUGCUACGGGGCAUGGGCUUGGUUAGCGACCAAGAGAUCGUGUCGCUGAUCGGGUGCGAGCCGGACGUGACCGACCACUUUGCCGCGUCGUUGGAAGAAGCGUCUGACUUGAAAGUGUUUACGCAGACCCAGGCGUUGAUGUACAUUGGCAACAAGCUCAAGAACCGCGGCGGCGGUGGCGGCGGUCAAAAAGUCGCGGACGCGGCGCUCGAUGCGCUCGUGAUGGUGCUCAAUCACAUCCCGUGCGAAGACUUUAACUUUCGGAUGAAGUGCAUCUAUGUCGCCCACAUUGUGCGCCGCGUGCUUUUGACCGACAAGGAUCGGUCGCGCCUCGAUGACAAGGACUACUACGGCAACAAGCGCUUGGAACUGGCGGGGCAGCUGCUUUCGCUCUUGUUUGAAGACCUCUUCAAGCGGUUCAACAGCGACCUCAAGCGCCAGGCAGACCUGGUACUGAAUAAGCCCAACCGCGCCGCCGUCUUUGAUAUCAUCAAGUGCAUCCGCACAGACACCAUCACAUACGGAUUCAUCCACUGCCUCUCCACGGGCAACUGGACGCUCAAGCGGUUCCGCAUGGACCGAUCGGGGGUCACCCACGUCCUCUCGCGGCUGAGCUUCAUGUCCGCGCUGGGCAUGAUGACGCGCAUCAGCAGUCAGUUUGAAAAGACACGCAAGGUGUCGGGGCCGCGGUCGCUGCAGCCGUCGCAAUGGGGCAUGCUCUGUCCAGCCGACACGCCCGAAGGCGAAGCGUGCGGGCUGGUCAAGAACCUCGCGCUGUUGUGCCACGUCACGAGCGACGAAGAGCCCGAGCCGAUCCGUCGGCUAUGCUUUGACUUGGGCGUGAACGACGUAUGUCUUUCGUCGGGGGAGGAGAUCAACCACCCCACGACCUACCUCGUCAUGCUCAACGGCAUCAUCAUUGGCACCCACGUCAACCCCAAGGGGUUUGUGAGUCGGCUGCGCCGCAUCCGCCGCGCGGGCCUCCUCGGCGAGUUCGUGUCGGUCAUGCUGCACGACGUCCAGCGCGUCGUGUACAUUGCGUCGGACGGCGGGCGUGUGUGCCGGCCGCUGCUUCUCGUGGACGCGGCGACGCAAAAGCCACGCCUGACGCAGCGGCAGAUCACGGAGCUGCAGACCGGCGUCCGGACCAUCAGCUCGCUCAUCCAGGAAGGAGUCGUCGAGUACGUGGACGUGAACGAAGAGAACAACUGCCUUGUGGCGCUCCAUGAGCGGGAUAUUGACGUGAAGACGACUCACUUGGAGAUUGACCCCGUGACGAUUCUCGGGGUCGUGUCCGGCUUGAUCCCGUACCCCCACCACAACCAGAGUCCGCGCAACACGUACCAGUGCGCGAUGGGGAAGCAGGCGAUCGGCACCAUCGGCAUGAACCAGUACGAACGCAUCGACACGCUGCUGUACACGAUGGUGUACCCGCAGGCGCCGAUGGUCAAGACGCGGGUGCUGGAUCUGGUGAAUUUCGACCAAGUGCCAGCUGGUCAGAAUGCCACCGUGGCCGUGAUGAGCUACAGCGGGUACGACAUUGAAGAUGCCAUCGUGCUCAACAAGGCGAGCUUGGACCGCGGGUUUGGCCGGUGCAUGGUCUUUAAAAAGUACCAGACUGUGGUCAAGCGCUACCCCAACAACACGUUCGACCGCAUCGUGGGCCCCCCCGACUUUGAGGGCACGGGGUUCGCGUCCUCGUUCCGCAACCAGCGCUACGCGUCGCUGGACGCCGACGGCAUUUGCCGCGUGGGCGGCCAAGUCGUCAGCGGCGGCGUCAUGGUCAACAAAGAGUCGCCUGCCAACGUCGACAUCAACAUCACGAGCGACGUCCAGGACGUGAGCUACUCGCCGUCCCCCGUCUCAUAUAAGAACUCGACCCCGGGAUACAUUGACAAGGUCAUGCUCACGUCCUCCGAGUCCGACCAGUUUCUAAUCAAGGUGCUCGUACGCCAGACCAGACGGCCCGAAAUCGGCGACAAGUUUAGCAGUCGCCACGGCCAAAAGGGUGUCUGCGGCACCAUUCGCAACCAGGAAGACAUGCCGUUCAAUGAUAUUGGCAUGUGCCCCGACUUGAUCAUGAACCCCCACGGGUUUCCCAGUCGCAUGACAGUUGGCAAAAUGAUCGAGUUGGUGGCGGGCAAGGCGGGUGUGCUGAGCGGCCGACGGGCAUUCGGGACGGCGUUCGGCGAGGACUACGGCACCGCCGACCGCGUGCUCGACUGCUCCAAGGAGCUGGUGAGCCACGGCUUCAACUAUGCCGGCAAGGACUACCUCACGUCCGGCGUCACGGGCGAGCCCAUCUUGUGCUAUAUCUUCAUGGGGCCGAUCUACUACCAGAAGCUCAAGCAUAUGGUCAUGGACAAGAUGCACGCGCGCGCCAGAGGCCCCCGUGCCGUGCUGACGCGGCAGCCCACGGAAGGCCGCGCAAGGGACGGCGGACUGCGCCUCGGGGAGAUGGAGCGAGAUUGCUUGAUCGGGUACGGCGCGAGCAUGCUGCUGCUGGAGCGCUUGAUGCUGAGCUCAGAUGCGUUCACGGCCAACGUGUGCCAAGGCUGCCAAAUGCUCGGGUACGAAGGCUGGUGUCAGUACUGCAAGUCGGAAGAAAAGGUGGUCGACAUCCGCAUCCCGUACGCGUGCAAGUUGCUCUUCCAAGAGCUGCAAGCGAUGAACAUUGCCCCGCGGUUAACAUUGCAAGAGUAUUAAUAUACCAAUAUGGGAUGGAUGUCGCCCUAUAAUACACUAACUACCAAAGCGUGGCAUCAAACAGCCCCUGUGGAUGCAACAAUCGAUGUACUGUACACAGGUCGAUCGUGCAACCACCAUAGAAGCAAGCAUGUGACAAGGGGAAUGAUGAGUCUCCUCCACUCGGCCCCGAGUCGCCGGCAUACAGUAAUUAGUGACAGCACGACAGUAUGCUAGCCGAGAACAAGUGGUUGUUAGCAGUGCCAACCCCGCCACGCAGCCCCGUUGUACGGACACUACUGUACGUAUAUGGCGCCAGUGAUCCCGCGUCACAACGGGAUUGCAAGCUCAACCCACUCCACAUCAUGGCAUGAGUGUGGUAACGUCACCGCAACAUUGC